UUGGUCCUAGCGGUAGUAUGCGCCAAUCGUGAACUACGCCCUGGCGACUUCUGCGAGGUGUGUCUGACCUUCCAUCCAUGCCUAACAGGUACAUUCGGCUGAAGGAACAAACUCCGCGGUGCCAUAUUUGCCAGGAAACAAUUGGCGGGGUUGAGCGACUCAAGGCCCACUACCUGUCCCACGAGACGAUCGCACGCGUGUACGGCCCUUCUCGGCAGCGCAACGCCAGCCAGGUUGAUCAUCGCUCGAUCCCAGAAUCCCCCCUGCAUGAACAACGCCAUCUCGGGCGCGCGGACCCGAGGAGCCAACAAGGGUCAUGGAGGCGGGGUCAUUGCGCGCCGCAAACCCGGGUUGAAGGCGCGCAGUAUCAGAGCACACGCAACAAUGAGUUUCCUCAAGGACCGGGUCGGGCCAACCGACCAAGGUGGGCCGGGCAGGGUGGGUGCAGCUCGACGCGAAACCGUGGAGAGAGGGAUUGGGGGAACGCAAGGAGGAGAGUGCACCAAGAUCCGACGGGCGAGCGGCGCGGACCCGGAGAAGGAGAGGCACGAGAGAUUGGGUCCUGGAGGGACAAGCGAGGCCAAGGAUGCCAGUGGCGGCAGGAAGGAAACGAGCCAUCCGGAGGAGCACGAGGAGGAGGAGAGAGAGCAGAAACACGGAGAUACACACCAACCUGGGGAACGGCCGGAGACGGAACGAGGGAAGGUGGCGGAGGCGGGGCCACGCGAAAGGCCGAAGGCCUGGGAAAAUUCGGUGUUCGGCCGGUACAAGACCCCCGGCGAAUCCCGCUGACUCACCGCGGCCUCCGGCAUCCGAGGUCACCUCCAUCCACGAACCUCGAUAAGACCGGUACCACGUGCCACAGUCACGGCGUCCCAGCUGGAAUGGCCGCCGGCGCACGGAACGCUGACGCUAUCGAAUUUCCCCUCUACAAGGACCAGGCCCCGCAACCGGUGUCGAGGAUGCCUUGGCUCAAGCAGCACAUGUUGGACGGACCUCUUCGGGGCUUCCUAGAGCAGUACUACAAUAACGACGACGACGAAGAGGGCCACGAGUGGACGGGCGCCAAGAUCCUUUCGAACAGACACCUGCACAGUUGGAAGGCGGCCCUUUUUUUGUUCCUGAUGUACCACACGAACGAACAAAUCCAGGGCGAGGUGUUCUACAUGGAUGAGAACAUGAUGGUCACGUACGACGGCUUCCCGAAAGGGAAGUUCCAUCUCCUGGUGGUCCCAAGAGAGACGUUUCUCAACGUGACGGGGCCGAGCGCCCUCCGCAAGGAACACCUUCCGAAGUUGCGCCGCCUUCACGCUAUGGGAGCUGCGCUGGCGAAGGCCUUGUCCCUUCAGGUGGAAGUCAGGGAAUUGUCGCACCCUUCUGCAAACGUGAUCAGGUGA